AUGAAAUUCCUAAAAUCAUGGAUGAGGCAUGGUCGUAGGAAGAAGCUGGCAAGGUGUGUCAGCACCUGGUCCCCAUUGGCAACUGCCUUCAACACCAGGCCGACAACCAGGCCUAUGUUUGAUUCUUUGAGGGAAAGAACAGGUCUCUUUAAUAAACCAGAGCUAACGAGUUUCGAAGGCUUCUACACAAUGAAAGAGCAGGCAAUAGCUUCGACUGACCGUUUAAUAGAGGAAGCUACGUCAAACCCCACUCGUCCUAUGAUAGAAAUAUUUGAUGAGCUCUCGGACACACUGUGUAAAGUGGCUGAUCUAGCCGAGUUUGUGAGGAUCGCACAUCCGCAGUCACAUUUCGCGAGCGCUGCUGAAGAUGCCUGCAUAAGUGUUAGUGGUGUGGUGGAAAAGUUAAAUACUCAUAAAGGUUUAUACGAAGCUCUAAGGGACUCAGUGAAGAAUGGCACAUCAGGUGACCAGCAUUUAGCCGAGCUAUUCCUAUUUGACUUCGAGCAGAGCGGCAUACAGUUAGCGGAAGAGCGUCGACGGCGUGUCGUGUCACUCAAUGAUCUGAUACUACAAACUGGACAACGCUUCAUGGCUGGUGCUGCGAAGCCGAGGAGAGUUCCACGGUCUAUUGUACCAUCGAAUGUAAGACAAUUCUUUAGCAGUGAAGGUGACGACAUAAUAGUGAGCGGCGUGUACGCGGAGUGCGGGGAGGCGGCAGCGCGAGAGGCCGCCUACAAGCUGUACCUAGCACCGGACCAACACCAGGACAACCUGCUGACGACGACGCUAGACGCCAGGCAUCAGAUGGCGUCCAUAUGCGGCUUUCAGUGUUACGCUGACAGAGCAAUAAAAGCAAGUACAAUGGAAACAUCAUCAAAUGUGCGCCAGUUCCUCGAUAUCCUCUCAGACAAUUUACACGACCGAGCCAAAAUGGACUUCGACGCUAUGCUUAAAAUGAAGAAACAGGAGACUCCCUACCAGGACAGACUGAUGUGUUGGGACACGCCUUACUUCACCCACAAGGCGAAGACACAGCUCCUCAAUGUAGCUAACUCGGACUUCAGUCCGUAUUUCUCGUUAGGCGGUUGUAUGGAGGGACUUAACAUGCUGUGUGAAGAACUAUAUGGUAUAAGUUUGAAAUCAGAAGAAAUGUUGCCAGGCGAGUCAUGGUCCCCGGACGUGUACAAGCUAGCCGUAGUGCACGAGUCCGAAGGCCUGCUGGGCUACAUAUACUGCGACCUGUACGAGCGUCCCGGUAAGCCCCACCAGGACUGCCACUUCACGAUACAGGGUGGCAAGCAGUUGCCUGAUGGCAGUUAUCAGAACCCGAUAGUGGUGGUGAUGCUGUCGCUGGGCGGCGGGCACCGCGGCGGGCCGGCGCUGCUGUCGGCGGGCGGCGUGGACAACCUGUUCCACGAGCUGGGCCACGCGCUGCACUCCAUGCUGGGCCGGCCGCCGCACCAGCACGUGGCCGGGACACGCUGCGCCACCGACCUGGCAGAGGUGCCCUCCGUGCUCAUGGAGUACUUCGCCAGCAGCCCGCAGGUUAUUCGUCGUUUCGCCCGUCACUUCCAGACCCGGGAGCCGAUGCCGGAAGAUAUGUUGCACAGGCUCUGCGCAUCCAAGUAUCUGUUCGGUGCCAGUGAGAUGCAACUACAGGUGUUCUACUCGGCGUUAGACCAGCACUACCACGGGCCGAACGCGUCAUUCGGCGGCCGAACUACAGAUGUACUGAAGCAGGUGCAGAAACAGUACUACGGACUUCCCUAUGUUGAGAAUACAGCCUGGCAGCAUCGCUUCAGCCACCUGAUCGGUUACGGAGCCAAGUACUACUCGUACUUAAUAUCUCGCGGCAUCGCGUGGAGCGUGUGGCACAAGUACUUCGAGAAGGACCCGCUGUCGCGCUCCGCUGGCGACAAGCUGAGGCAGGGACUGCUGCGGUACGGCGGGGCUAGGCCGCCUAAGAUGCUGCUACGCGAAUACUUAGAUGAGGAGAUAACCCCAAACAAGCUGGCCACCGCGCUCGCCGAGGAGUUAGACUACCACAAGGACCAACUCGACACAGUGUUCAGAAUGCUUGACAAAUGACGUGCAUAACACCUUGUAAAUACAUGAUACAGUUCAGAUUAAGGCGAGAAAUCUGACAUCUUACUUUUAGAUGAUACCCUGGAACUGAAAGAUCAAUCACGUAAACUCGUGCUGUGAUUGGCUGUUAUCUUAAAGUCAGUCCUCACGUUCUGCUCUAGAAAAGAUUUUAUUGGACGUGACGGAAUCGGGGUUAGUGUUCUUGCUUCGUAAAACGCUUUUAUGCGAGUUUAACUGCUUAUUUUUGAGGCUUGACAAAGCAUUUAUAACUAACAUAUCAGCAUCACUUGACUACCCAUAUGUUUUCCUCUCUUCUCAAUUUUAGCUGGCUUUGUUACAUUGCCUCGCAUCGAGGCUUUAUCGAAUUUUGUUCCAAUAUUGGAUAAUCUCCCAUUGUCCUUCACUUUGUCAGAUCACUGAUUCAAAGACUUGUUUAUUGAUGCUUCCAUUGUACAAAAAACUACUGUUUUAUUGUUAACUACCUGGCUGAUAUUAGUGUGAGAAUAUAUUCAGUAUUGAUGUAACUUAAAUAAAAUGUCUUCCUGAUAGUUCUUUUUUACUACGUUACAAAAGUGUUAUAUUUUAUUUUAUCCCUGUAUAUAAUGUUAAAUGUUACGUUAAAUUAUUUUGUAGUAUAUUUAUGACGGUUCUUCAGUAUUAGGCAGUUUAAUAGUUUGCAACAGAUAUUUCUUCUUCCAUUCAAGUUGUGCGAGAAUAAAAUACGAAAUAAUUUUAGAUUUAUGCAAGUCGGGUACCCUAACAUUUGCACUGCACACCUAUCUUUCUACCUUUAAGUAGUAAAUUGUAUAUAGUUGGACAUUUCUUGCCUAUUGUAAAUACAGAGAAGGACAAAAAUAAAACGUUGAUAGAAAA